GUAUAUUUUUAAUAGAGCUAUCGCAAUGAAAGUUAAAAAGGUUUAUACUAUAGAAUACCAUGUAACGCGUAAAUUUUUGCGUGAUUUAUUAAAUAGUUCUAAUAAUGAAGAGAGGUUAGGAAGACGGAGAAAUGAGUGUGCUAUAGUAUCAGAUUUAGUUAAACAUUAUGGACGUGUCUAUGGAAUUAAUUUUUCUAAUAUAAUUUUAUUAGAUAAUACUGUAAAUCGCGUACGCAAACGUAUAAAUUAUUUCCUUCAGCGUGAAACAUUAACAGAAACACAUUACUAUAGGAUUAAAUCAUACUUGAUUAAGGAAAUAACGGUUCUUUAUGAUUUUUGCCAAAAAAUAGAUCUAGUAAUGGCAUUAUGUAAAUACCUAAAUGUUAUACCGCAUGCAAGAGGUGUUAGAUUUUAUGUUGACCUAUCAGUAUCUAAGAAAUUGCUGUUAAAUAGAGAACAAUAUUCUCCUGUUAUUGCUAUGGUUAAUAUGCUCUUGGAGGAUGCACUUAAUCGCAUAAAUUUUAAUUUUUACUCGGAUUCUUCUUG